AUCGGCUACGCAAGUGCAUCGGACUACUGAAAGCUUAAGCGGACGUUGCAUAGGAUUAAUCCCUCUUUGAGAUGCAUUACCUGGCCUACCUGGUGGUCAGCCUGCAGCUGUAUGCCGGAGUGAAAUGUCAGAGCUUCCCGACCGACUUAAAGAAGUGCAAGUAUGGUGAUGGCCAGUGCCUGACGGCGACGGCCAAUGAUCUGCUGAGGAAGUAUCCGAAGGGGAUUCCUGAGCUCAAUAUAAAACCCUUCGACGUCUUACCGGUGCGGGACUGGCUGCUGGUCAACGAUUCCCAGGUGGGCGGGGCCUGGUACUUCUUCGAGCUGAUCAACCAGAUCAACUACGGCUUCGAGAACACCACGAUCACUGAGAUCCGGGGCUUCGACAAGGAUCCCACUGCCACCAAGAUCGAGAUCCAUGGCAAGAUCCCGCGUCUGGUCUACAAGGGCGAAUAUUUGGCCAAGGGUCGGAUGCUCUGGUUUGUGGACAUCAACUCGCAGGGUACCUCUGAUUCGGAUUUCUUGAACUUCCGGUUUGACAUUACUCUAAAAGUGCGCAUCGAGUACAGGAAUAACAAGCGUUAUUUGAAAAUCUACGAGCUAGUUCCAAAUAUUAGACUAGACCGAUGGAUUAUGUGGUUGGAUAACUUUUUUCCGGAUAACUUUGAUCUGACUAUAGCGAUCAACAAUCUUUUCAAUCGAAAUUGGGUAGAGUUCUGGAACGAAUUGGAGCCAGGCAUCCUUCGUCUAUUCGAAACAGUCUUUCGCAGCAUGAUCGAUGAUCUCUUUGACAACGUGCCCUAUGAUGAUUUGUUCCUAGAAGAUGUCCCAAUAGAGUCAAUCUAGAAUUAAGUGCAAUGUUGUUAGUUGUAGUUAGAAAUAAAAUAAUGUAAAUAGUAUUCUUAAUGUAUAUACACCACAAUUGAUCAGUGAUUUCGUGAUAGA